AUGGCGACCUCUACUUCAGACCCAUUCCCGCUGGCGACGGAUGUACCUUAUAACGAAGGCGACAGUGGACCGGGCUCGAUCAGUUCCGGCGGCAGCAUUGAUGAUUCUGCGGGGGCAUCUGGUAGCAGCCCCGGUGUCGUUCAGAUUUCCCACGGUGCGAUAGUCGCGAUCAUAGUUGUCGUUGCCGUUGUUUGUGUACUUGGCAUUUCUACAGCGGUGCUUUUUUACCUAGCUAAGAAGAGGGAAUGGAAGGUUAGGGAGAGCAUCCGUCGUUCGGCAAGGAAGGUAGUCACUGCUCUCACACCCCGUCGAUCGGAAUUCCCAAGGUCGGUUAAGGAGUCCUCCAGUAACUCAUCUCGAGGUCGUCUUCGCUUGGAUGAUGUACCACCAACACCUAAAUUGCGACCCGAAGAUGUUGAAAAGGGCCUUGCCCAGUCAACUACCAGAGAGAAUUCAGAGAAGAGAGGCAAGAAGUGGACGAGAAAAUGA